ACAAACUCAUUUUCAUUUGGAGGAUGAAUACGUUCAGUGUGUUCGACCUCUGACAGCGUUCUUCACAGCUGCAGGAUGCUGGAGGACGUCAUGUCUUCGUCCGUCCACAGACCCAGAGUCAGCUGGUGUGUGGACUCAACACCGUCUCAAACAAUGACAGAAACCAGUGGAAAACUGAAGAAUGCAGCAUUUUCCCAUCAACCCAUGAGGACCAAUCAGGAGGCUCCGUCCCAGAUCCCCCUCAUCCAGCUGAACCCAGAGGUUGAUGGUCCGACGCUGGAGGGGCAGGAUGAAGGCUUCCACCUGUCCAGGAGCAGUCCGGUCAUCUCCAGACGCCACAGGCCUGUUUCCUGGAUCGGAGGGGUCGACGAUUCAACGACGUCAAUGAGUCCUGUCUCUGGUUUUUCACCCCCUUCCUCUGAUUCUCUGGGUCCAUGUGAACGACUGAUUGACGACGCCGUGGAGGAUCUGGGCUCUUCUCCAGUCCAGGAAAACAAACAGCAGCACCAUCCGUUCAGGGAAACACAGGAAGUGUGUGGAGAACACAAGGGGUGGAGUCACACCGGCUCUAACAACACAUCAGGUUUCAGCUUCUCGACCCAACGCUGCCAAGACAGGAGGUCCAGCGGUAUCCCAGAAUUCCCUGCAGACAUAUUUAAAUCCAGCUGUGAGCUGGAAAAGGAGAACGCUCAUUUCGUGGUGGUGGACUUGGUUCUGGAGGUGCUGGAAGGGGUUAAAUCUACCAAGAGCUUCAACAGGUGGUUUUCAAACAUGAACAGAAAAGCAAAUAAUAAAGAACGCUGUGGAAAAACACCCUGGAGUUCAGAGGAUACACUGAGAUGGAAGGGAGGUGGAGCUGAGAAACACAAAACCAGAGUCAGAGGAGGAGACUUCAGGACUACACACAGAAAAACACACAGUUCUGAAGGAUCUGGAAAACAGCUGCACAUACAGGAUGAAGAAGAAGAGGAAGAAGAAGAAGAGGAAGAGUGGGAGCCAGGGACUAAUGAAGCUGAGCAUCAACCAAAAACAUUCUCCGUCCUCUCCAAUGACAGCGGAUUUGAAGAUUAUGCAGAUUCCAACCUGCUGACACACAGACAAGCUCCCAUAAGUGCAGAGUGGCUGGCGCAGCAGCUGGUGUUGGAGUUCAAGAGGAACUGGUUUCCAUCUCGUCAGCUUCGGCGAGAUCGACUGAGUCUGCGCAGUUCACUACAGGAGCUGCCUGGUACUGGAGGUGUGGUUUGCACUGGGAGUCUGACUGAGGAGAUCCGACAGAGGACCAGGAUGAGAGGAACCCUGAGCUGGACCCCCCCACGUUUCCAGAUCAUCUGCAGUGUUCAACCGACACACAGACGCAGUGCGGUGGUGGCCUUACAGCAGUUCCUGUGUGCAGGCUGUGGGACGGAGGUGGAGCCCAGAUACAUCAAGAAACUGCGCUACUGUGAAUAUCUGGGCAGGUAUUUCUGCGACUGCUGCCACAGUGGUUCGGAGGCCGUCAUCCCCGGUCGGGUUUUGUCCUGUUGGGACUUCAGCAGACAUCCUGUGAGUGAUUUCUCCAAACAGCUGUUGGACUCAGUUUGGCAUCAGCCGCUGUUCGACCUCACCUGUGUGGGAAAAACUCUGUACAACCAGGUGAAAGAACUCAACAGGUUCAGGGAUCUCCGGGAACAGCUGCUGUUCAUUAAGAAGCUGCUGAAAGCCUGUCGACUAUCUGAAGGGGUGUAUAAACAGUUUGAGCGUCUUCCUGUCCACCUGACGGAGCAGCCCCACCUUUUCUCCAUGGACGACCUGCUGAAGGUGAAGAAGGGUCAGCUGGUGGCCCAGGCCCGAGCCCUGGUCCAGUCUACGGUCCAACAUGUGCAGAACUGUGAACUUUGUCUCGCCCGAGGUUUUAUCUGUGAAUUUUGCCGCGAGAGAGACAUCAUCUUUCCUUUUCAGAGCGACAUCUGCAAACGCUGUCCAGUCUGUAAGGCCUGUUUCCACAAACACUGUUUUAUGGAGAAGAAGUGUCCCAAAUGUGCUCGGAUCCAAACCAGAAGGAAACGAACAGACGGACCAGUGAAGUGACAGCUGAAGGCCAUCAUCAUCAUCACCAUCACUGAUACAAGAUCACCUGGUGGAGGCGGGGCAAGGGGCGGGGCUUCCUGGAAUGUUUUCCCAUAACGUCCUGUGUCUUCAACUUUAUAUUUGAGCAAGAAAUCUGUCUGUGCAGCCUUUAUUUAUAAUAUGUCCCAGUACACACACUGGAACCAUAGAUACCAGACAUGUGACAUACUUUUUUUUUUUUGUAGAACUUAAAUCUUCAGGAAUCUGAUAGAAAAACCCUGAAGAUGUUUAAAACGUCAGACUUUUAUACUACCUUUGAGUUUUUUACUGAAACAAAGAGACCAAGAAACACAUGAUUUUAGAUCAAUUUAAGGUACAGUCAUAAAUAUACGGUCUUGAUUAUAAGUUUAACUAAUAAGUUCUAUUAUUAAAAGUGUAAUUUUAAUUAAGAUUAUGCAGAUGUCGAUCAUCAUUCAUCAAUCAAAUUUUUAAAAAAAUAUAAUUUCUUAUCAUGAGAUUAGAGCUAAAUGUUUUUCAUGCCUCCAGUAUCAACAUUCACCUCAAGUCAUUCAUUCAUCUGAUGCCGUUUGUUUUAGUUUAACAAAACUAUCUCAGUUUGAUCCAAAUUUAAAAAAAAAAAAAUAUAUAUAUAUAUAUAUAUAUAUAUAUAUAUAUAUAUAAUUGUAUCUAAUUUUUACUGCUUUUUAUACUGCUCAUCUGACCUGUACGAUGCCAAAUGAAAUUUUAUUGUAUCAUAUGUAGAAUGACAAAUAAAGCUUCUUAUUCUUAUUCUUAAAAUGUGAACCUGCUGAUACAUUUAAUAUUUAUUUUUGUACAUCACGAGGUCAAUAUUUCUAUGUAAGUGUAAUAAAAUGUUUUGUAAAUGUCUGCCAUAAAUACAACUAA